AUGAAAAAAUAUGUAUAUUUCUUAUCACUGCUUAAUCUUCUACUAGCAUCUUUUGUACACAUGAAUACAGUUUCAAGCCAAAAUAAAAAUUAUUUGGAAGAAAUCAAAAAACAUAACACAGAAUUAAACAAUUUAUUUGAGUUUUCUAAUAUUAGUGAAAAUAAAAAUGUUAAGAGUUCCAAAUAUUUAAAUGAUAAAAUAAAUGAUAAACAAUUUGAAAAAAUAUAUAAUCAAAAUGAUAAUAUAAUACAUUCAUUGGAAGCUAUGUCAUUUAUAAACUUGAAUGGUCCCAACAUUACAGAAAAUAACAAAAACGGUAUUUAUAAAAAAAGACGAAACCCAUAUUAUUUUAUUAGACGUUAUAAAGAAAAAAAAAAAGCAUAUGGAGAAUUAAAUAAAUCUGGAAAAAAAAUUAUUGAAAACGGUGAAAUUACAUCAAAAUAUGAAAACUUUUUAAAUGAUGGUAAUAUCAAAUAUGACCAAUCUAACCCAAUUUUUACUAUGGAAUUAGAUUACACAAACUUGCAUGCUUUACACGAAAUUGAAAUUCUCAUCCCAAAGGAUAAAUUACACCAUGAAAAAACAGAUGACACAAUUGUUCUCGAGAUUAAAAAAUUUUCUGAUGAAUUGGAAGAACUUAUAAAUAAUUGCUUAAAUCAUAAAAGUAUGCUAAAAAGCUUUACAUACGAAAUGGAAUUUCUUAAAAAUACAUCAACAGAAAAUAAAUUAUUCAGUGAACACUUUUUAAAGGAAUUGGAAACAAGAAUAAUUAAUUUGGAUAAUUCUAAAAAGGUUCUAUACAAGGAAUAUACCACAGAAAAAUUUAAUCAUUAUACAGCAAAAUAUAAUGAAUGUCUAUCAAAGUAUGAACAAUACAGAGAAAAAUAUAAAAAUGAUAUUCAGAAUAAAGUAGAACAAAUUAAAAAUAAAGCAUUUACAUAUUUGAUAAAAACAGAGUGUGUUGAAGGAAUCUGCGAUAAAAAUAAAUCUACAUAUCUAAAAACACUUGAUAAUUAUAUACUUGACAUUAGCACAGUUAAUAUGAAGGACUAUGAUAUCCCUUCAAGAAUUACUGUGGAACAAAAAAAUGUGGACCAAUUGUUACUAGAUUCUAAUAAAAAAAAUAUAGAUAUAAGUGAAGAUAUAUAUUCAUUAAAACUGAUACUUGAGCAAAUAAAAGAAAUUGAAUAUGUGCUAUCAACUAAUAGACACUUUAUCAAUGAAGCAGCUCGAAAAUUAAGAAGCAUAGAAAUCACACAAGAAUCCCACGAUGUAAAUAAAAAAGAGAUCGUAAGUAACUGGACACAUAUAGUAAAACAACAUUGCAUUUUUAAAUAUAUAAACAAAUUAAAUGAAUCCAUCAAUGUAAUGUACCAACACAAGAUAACAAAACAUGAUCUCGCAUUUCAUAACCUAGUAAAUACCAUAAAACAAAAAGCAUAUUUAGUCUUUUCUGAGACAUUCGACCAAACAGAAAUUUAUAAAAAUUAUAAAUAUUCAGAGGAAAUAAUAAAUAAUGAAAAUAAAAAAUAUUUGGAGAGUAAAAAGGAGUUAGAAAAAGUUUCCCAAUUUCCAGAUAUAAGUAAUAAUUCGAAUAAACAGAAGCUUAUGGAACACUUUGUUAAGCAAAAAGCAAGAAAAAAGGAUAUAGAAGCAAAAUUUCAAUUAUUAGAUGAAAUAUACAAAAAAAUUUAUGAUAAAUUAAAAAAUCAUUAUGAGGAAGAAUUGAAUGAAAUUGAAAAACUUAAUAACAACAUAACAAAAGCACAGUUGUUUAUGGACGUAAUUACCAAAAUUAAUGAAGAAAAAAAAGUUAACAUAUAUCAUGAAAUGAAAAAGUUUAAAAUAUAUUAUGAUGAACUUGUAACACUAAAAAAUAGUGCUAACAAAACCAGUGUACAACAAAAAAAUAACAUUUCUUUGCUACAAAUAUCAUCGGAAGAAAAUGAUAAUGAAAAUAAUGACAGCAAAAGUGAUGAAAAUGAAAGUAAUGACAAAGAAAGUAAAGACAAAGCAGAAUUCUUACGAAAUGUUAAAGCAUUAUAUAGAAAUCUAAAAGCGAAAAUUAAAAAUUUUGAACAAAAACAUCAGGAUAUAGUUGAAAAAAUGAAAUCAUAUAAAGAUUUCGAAGAGACAAUCCAAAAAUAUUAUGCUGAGUUAACACAAAAUGAAAGUAAUUACUUUCUUACUUCAUAUACAGGUAGUAAUGCAAAAAGUAAAUCAAAUGAAUCAGAAGCAUUUAAUGAGGCUAAAGAUACUUUCCAAAAAAAAAAAUUAGAAAUAUAUAAUAGUAUUGAUAAUAUGAAAACGAGUGAUAUAGUAAAUAUUAAAAAGCAUUUAGAUUCUUACAAGGAAAUAGAAAAAAAAUUGAAUAUUAUUAAGAAUACAAGAAGAUACAAUAAAAUUAAAACUUUAGUACAAGAAAUUAAUAACGAAAAUGUAGAAGAAAAAAUACAGGAAUUCGAAAAAAAUUACAACACUAGCACAAAUAAUAUGGAAGAAACACUGAAGAAAAUUGAAUUAUUAAAUAAAAUUAUAAAUCUUUAUAAUAUUCUGGAUUCAAGCAUAACUGAAUCUAAAAGUAAUAAAGCAUUAACUGAUAAUUUAAAUAAUAAACUCAAUGAACUGAAAGGACAUGUAGAAACCAGAAUUCGUGAAAAUGAAGGAAAUGAUUUCAUAAAUAAGAGUAUAAAAGAGGAAGCAUUGGAAAAUUUACAGAAAACAUUGAAAAAUUUAGAGAUAACUUUGAAAGACAUAGUUGACCUAAUCGCUGAAAUUAAAAAUAAGGAGUUAGAAAAAAAGACGUCAGAAUUAAUAGAAUUCUAUUUAAACUUAAAAAAUAAAAUUCAUGAGACAAAAGAUGAAUAUUCCUCAAAAACUGAACUCGAGCGAACGGACGAAUGGACUCCAAUUAGACAAGAACUAAAUACAUUGAAUGAAAAGUAUUCAAUUUUAUACGAAAAUAGUUAUAAAUUAUUCGCAAAUAUUGACGUUCAAAUUAUAACAUGGUCAUAUAACAUUGUAAAAGAGGAAAUUAAAAGAUUAGAAAAUGAAAAUGAUACAAUUGAAAGCUUUGUUAUAAAUUUGGAAAAAAAAUUAAACGAAGAACAAACGAACCCUCUUACAAAUAAAAUUAUGAAGAUUCAAAAUAUCGGAAGUAUAAAAAAUUUUAAACAAAAAAUUAAAGACGAAAAUACCAAAAUAGAAAAAUAUAAGGAUGAAUUAACCGAACUUCAAGAUAAGGCAGAUGAACUUUAUAGUGAAUCUCAGGAAGAAAAAAUUGCUAUCCAUGAAUUAAAUAAUCAAAAAAAGGGUAUGAAAUCUAUCUAUGAUGAUUUAGUAAAGAUGUCUAAAGAUAUUAAAAUAACAGUGGAUUAUUUUAAUGAAGUCUCAAAAAAUAUAAAUGAAGCUCAAUUAAAUGAAGAGAAGGAUAACAUCGAUAAAACGUUAAAAGCAUUAAGUGAUGACAUGACUAAGGCUCAAAAAAGCAUGGAAGAUAUAAAUUCUCUUGAGAUACAAUUUAAAGAGUUAAUAGAAAAGUCAAAAUAUCCAGAGGAUAAAAUUUUACCUAUUUUGAAAUAUUCGACACAGGUUGAAGAAGCGAAUAAACACAUGAUUGGAUUAAAGCAAGUGUAUGAAACCUCUGUAAAGCUAAAAGAACAGGCAAAUGCAUCAACUAGUUUAGAUGAAAUUAUAGAAAAAAAAAAGCAAAUAAAUGAAAAUAAGCACGAAUCAAAAAAACUCGUUGCAGAUAUUGACAAGGCCAUAAGUGAAAUUAAGAACAUUUGUGAACUAACACAUAGAGGUUAUAAAAGCAUUGUUAAUAAUAUUACAAAAAAUACUGAUGAUGCUGAUAAACAUAGCGAACUAAUAAAAUCGGAAUUUAACAAAUCACAUAAUGCAGCCGAAGUAGUUAAAACAGACUUUCAAAAAGCAACAAAAUUAAAAGAAGAAAUUAAUGAAAAAUUAAAUGGAGUUCAAAUUGAUAAUAAAAUAAUCGAAAUUCAGAAACUAAAAACUGAAAUUUUAAAUAAAAAACAAAAUGCAAUUCAACUCUUAACAGAUACUGAACUACAUAGAAAAAAAACAGAAUUGCAUUAUGAUAAUGCUAAUAGGGGUCAAGCUAUAAUAGAGUAUUUAAAAAAUAAUGACAAUGAUAUAAAAACAAAAAUACUCCAAAAUGAACUAGAUCAAGUAAAGCAGAGUAUAGAAAAAGCGAAUGGAUAUUACAAGGAUUCUUUAGAGUACACACAAAAUACUAAAACUAAUUAUGAAUUAAUUUCAAAAUUAGAAGCUGAUGUAUCGAAACUCCUAAAUGAAUCUUUAAUUAAUAGGGUUACACUAAAAUGUGAAAGGAGAAAAAAUAGGGCAAACAGUGUAAUGACAGAAAUAAACAAUAUCGCAUCUAAAAUUGAAAAAACGUUAAAAGGAUACAAAACAAAAAUACAUGAAUUAAAGGAACAAUCUAAUAUACAAAUGAUAGAAAAUGAAAAACUAAAUGAUAUGUCUUUAAAUGCAUACAACGUAAUGCAAAAAUAUAAUCAUGAAUUAGAUGAAAUUCUAAACAAAAUAAAGAGAAUAGAAAACAUCAUACAAAGAUAUGUUGACAGAGCUUCUAGUUCAAUAAAAUCUAUUUCAAGCAUAACAGACAUAGAUAUAAAAGAUUUCAUAAAUCAAUCAAAACUAGUAGAUGAUGAUUUUGAAAGAAAUGUAGAAAAGGUCUCAAGGGAAAAGAGACAUAUCGAUGUGAAAAAAAAAAAUAUAGAAAAUGAAGAAAAAAAAAUAGAUCUUAUAAAAAAUGAAAUUACUACUGUAGAAAAAGAAAUAGGAAAACAUAAAAAAUAUUAUGAAGAAGGAAUUAUAAAGCAAAUAAUAAAAAAUGUUAGUGAACAUGUUAAUGCAGUGCCUUUAAUAAUAAAUGAAAUAGAUUCACUAAUAACUCCUGCUACAUCAAUUUUUAUUAAAUACAAAACGAAAAAAUAUGACCCAAUAACAAAUUUAAACGGUUACAAGAUACAAAGGGAUCAACUUUAUAACAAAUUUGAUACAUCUUAUAAAUUAAUGGAAAAAUACCAGACAGAUGUGUCACACGAUAGCGUAACAUAUGCAGAUGCUAAAGAUCUAAGAAUUAAAACACAAGACAUAGAAAAAAAUCUUAAAGAAAGCACAGAAGAAUUAAGAAAAUUACUCAAUGACAUUAAGAAAAAGGAAAUUAUAAAUUUUCUGAAUUCCAUGAAGGAAAAUUUGAACAGAAAACAUGAAAAUAUUAAAAAAGAGGAAUCAAAAGAAAUAGAACAGCUAAAAAGUGUAAAAAAAUUAAUUCAAGACUUAAAAGCACUAAAAGAAGGGGAAAAAAAUUUUGAUGCUUUAAUUGAAACAAAAAAAAAAUCUAUAAAUGUGAAAAAUCCAAAGCAUUUAUCACAUAGGGAUGAAGCAAAAAAAAUAUAUGAAAACAUGAUUGAUGCUAUAAAUUACUUAUUAAUAGAUAAAAAUAGUGUAAAAUUAGAAAAAAACUUAAAUUCAGAAUUAAACUUUGAAACGAAUUUAGGAAUACAAGCUGAGAUACACAAUAUAAUAAAGGAAGCACAACAAGUUACUAAUAAUAUUCAUGAUAUUUCAGAUAAUAUAGAUGAUAAAAACGAAGAAUGUGAAAAUCUUAUUUUGGAAGCUGAAAAUAUUUACACAGCCAUAAAACUGAGAAAUGAAUUUUAUUCAAAAGAAAAAGAAACGAGAAAAAAAGAAAUAUCUGUUUCAGAAAAAAUAGAUAGCUUACAAAGCAAAUUAAGAGAUAUAGAAAAAAUCACUUGCAAUUAUGUAGGUUAUGAAGAUAUUUUACAAAAUGAUAAGCGUUUUGAAACGUUUAAAAAUAAUGCCACCUUCUAUCAACAAAAGAAAAGUGUGAUGGCUAAAGAAGCAGAGUUACAUCAUAUGAGGCAAAAUAUGCAAAAACACAAAGAAUCAUUAAAUAGUUUACUUAAAUCGGUUAAAGAACUAACAAGGAAAAAGUUCCAUAUAUCCAUAUGGCAAAAUUAUAAAAAUCAAAUUGAACUUAUAUUCGGAAAUAUAAAUACAAUAGAUAAUAAAGCUAAAGAAUUUGAUGCAUCCUUUGAUGAAUUACAGAUCAUGGGAAAUAACUGUCAAGAGUUAAUGAUUUCCAUAAUAAGUAAUGUCGUUAAUAAUGGCAUAUCAAAUCAUUUAAUGAAAAUUGAAGCACAAAAUAAGAACAUUGAAAGUGUUUACUUACAUGUUAAAGAAAACUAUGAUUCUAUGAAAGGUUACAUAAAUGCAUUACAUACAUUCUAUAACAAAACUGUCAUAAACAAUGAUUUGUCUAUUAGCAUUAAUGCAUAUAAUCAGUCUUUUAAGAAUUUUAAAGAGCAAGAAAAAAAGGCAGCGCAAACCAUCGAUAAUAUAAAAAUAAAAUUAAAUUCAUUACAGGCUCAAUCAAGUGAAAAUAAUAUAGAAAGAGAUGCCAAGGAAUUAAUAACACUGUAUAAGAAUCUGCAAUCAGUAAAAGCAGAGAUAGGUAAAAUUUUCAGAAAUCUGAAUAAUAUUAAAUUGAGUGAUAUAGAUAAAACCUCUGACAUAUUUAAGGAUGCAGUUGCAUUACACAAAAAUAUGAUAACGUCCCAAAACCAACAAAUAUUAGAAAGAGAGGGAAAACUUAAAAACAUCGAAAAUUCCAUAACCUCUAAAAUAAAUGACAUAAAUAAAAUUAGUAAUAUACAUACACAUGAAACCAAAAAUGUCAUAUCUGAAUUGUAUAAUAACAUUAAAUCUGAUAUACAAAACUUCAACCAAUUAGAUGGUGAAAAUGUAGAUAGGAAUUUUAAUUCAGAAAAAUAUAAGGAACAAGUUACUUAUUUAAUAGACAGAACAAACUUCUUUCUAAAUAAUUUGCAAUUAUUCAAGAAAGAUGAUUACUACAAUUUAGUAGGGGAAAAUGUGGAAGAAACAGAAAAAGAAACUACCCUCUUCACUGAUAUUACGCAAAAAUUAAACAAUUUAAAAAAAGAAUAUCAGAAGAUAUUAGAUACUUUAGAACAAAACGAUGAUGCUAUAUCUCGUAUGACUCAUUACAAACAAAGUGCUAAUCAAAAUUAUGAAAAUGUAACUAAUCUAUAUGAAACAUAUCUAAAAGAAUUAUCCGAAAUGGAUUUGAUAAACAAAAUAAGAGAAAUAAUAAAAGAAAUAAAUAACAUUAUAAAAAAAGAUCUACAAGAACAUAAAGUAUUAGAAAAUUUGACAAAAAUAUCUGAAAGUAUUAAAACGAGGAAAAACAAUACACAAAAUUAUGAAACUAUUGAAGACGUAGAAAAGGCUAUAAUACAAAUUAAUUCUGAGAAUACAGAGCUAAACAGUACAAAAAUAAAAAUAAUUAACGUUUUAGAUAUUGUCACUGUAAAGGAAAAUACAAUCAAAGGCAUAUUUGAUGGAAUGGUAAAGGACAAUAUUCAGAAUAAGCUAGAACAUGUAAAAUCAGAUAUCGAUGAUGUACUAAAAAAAAUUAGUGAAUUAAAGGACGCAGUUAAAAAUAUUGAUGAAUUAUUACAUCAUAAUGCAACCCAAAUGAAAGAAUUAGAAGCUCAAAAGGAAAAACUAGAAAUGUUAUCAAAAAAUUUAGAAAGUAAUACAACAGUUGAUCAUAGCACCAUAGACGAAAAUUACACUAGUGUUAAUGAUAAUGCUCCAGAGACACAUGUAAUUGAUGAGUCUAUUCCAGAAGAGCAAAGAAGUGUAAGUCAUAAUAAAGAUAUCCCUACUUCCAAUGUAGUUGACGAAAAAGAUACAGAAUCACAGAAUGAGUCACAAAUAUUAGAACAACAAAAUGAGGAUGUAAACAGUCAGACAGAUAUUUCCUCUGCUGAGGGAAAUGUUACUCAUGAUUUACAAGAAAUCAAAGAGGUAGUGCACCAAGAAGUAGGACAUAAAGAUAUCCCUAUAUCCAAUGUAGUUGACGAAAAAGAUACAAAAUCAGAGAAUGAGUCAGAACCAUUAGAACAACAAAAUGAGGGUAUAAAAAGUCAGACAGAUAUUUCCUCUGCUGAGGGAAAUGUUACUCAUGAUUUACAAAAAAUCAAAGAGAUAGAGCACGAAGAAGGAACACAUAAAGUUAUACCUACAUCCAAACCAGAUGAUGCAGAAGUAACAAAAUCAGAGAAUGAGUCACAAAUAUUAGAACAACAAAAUGAGGGUAUAAAAAGUCAGAGAAAUAUUUCUUCUGCAGAUGGAAAUGUUAAUCAUAAUUUAAAAGAAAUCAAAGAGGUAGUGCACCAAAAGGUAGGACAUACAGAUAUACAUACACCCAAAUCAGGUGAUGAAAAAGUUACAAACCCACAGAGUGAGACACAAGCAUUAGAACAACAAAAUAAGAGUAUAAACAGUCAGAGAGAUAUUUCUUCUACAAAUGGAAAUAUUUCUCAUAAUUUAAAAGAAAUAAAAAAGGUAGAACACCAUAAAGGAGCACUUAAAGAUACACACUUUAAUAAGAUUGAUAACUUAAAUACUUCUAAUCCCAUACAAACUCAAGAUUUGCUUAACUUACCUGAAAACACCGAAUAUGAGAAAUCAGAUGACGAUAAUUUUGAAGAAUCAAAUUUUGAAGAUAAAGAAAAGCAUAAUUCACACAAAAAAGCAUAUUAUGAGAAAAUUUUUUUUGCAACUGGCAUAACAACUGCUUUGCUUUCCAUUUCUAGCGUUAGUUAUUUCAUCUAUAAUAAAAAUAAUGAAGAGAACAAGGAUUCUCAUUUUUAUAAAGGUGGAGAUGAAUUUGAAUAUGAAAGUGACACAAUGUACGAUAAUAAAGAACAAGUUAUAGAUGUAGCAUUUAGUGAGGACUCCGACAUAUAA